AAAAUGAAUUAAGGACUAAAGCUAAAUCUUUACGUGAAAAGGCUAUAUCCAAAACACUUAGUAACAUCAAACGUUCGAUGGAAGUUGAUCUUUGUUUUGUUUUAGAUUGCUCUGGAUCUAUGGGGCCUCAUAUUGCUGCUGCUAAAGAUUGUAUUUUACAAGUGUCAAAUUACGUUAAACAUACGAAUCCAAGCAUUAAACUUCGGGUUGGUUUUUGUGGCUAUCGAGAUCACUACAAUGGAUUAAAUCGUUUGCAAAUUUUUGAUUUUAACGACCAAUAUGACCAAUUUACACAGUAUAUGCAAAAUGUAUUACCCAUUUCCAAUGAUGAUCUUCCGGAGGAUGUUCUUGGAGGUCUUAAUGCAGCAAUAACCCAAUUGAAUUGGCAAAAUAGCACUAGAGUUCUUCUUCAUAUUGGUGAUUAUCCACCACAUGGUCGUCGUUUCACAAGCUUAGAAGAUGAUAAAUAUCCAGAUGGUGAUCCAAAUGGUUUAACUGCAGAAAGCGUACUAGAAAAAAUGCAAUCAAAAAAUAUACUUUACUUUUUUGGAAAGAUUACAGAUUAUACCGACAAAAUGCUUGAAAUAUUCCGUAGUAUAAUUGGCGAAUUUCCAGUAUUUGAUCUUGUAGGAGGAGAUCCAAUUGUAUUAGUCGACAAACUUAUUAAGGCCACAUCAUCAUCUAUUACUAUUGCCGUUUCAUUAACUAGUAUUAUUGGAAGCAACUCCAGAGAUUCUAUAUAUACUUUACAACAAAGAAAGCUCGAUAUGGACCCAAAUGAGCCCAAUUGGGAUAUUCUUCCAUUACAAAAAGGAACACUAUUGUGGUAUUGUAUUCCCGAAACUCUGGAUAAUCUCAAAAAUUCAAAAUACUUCAACAAAUCGAAUCUCUUUUCUAAAAGUUUCUCCUUCAAGAUUGCUUCACGACCAUUUUCUGCGGGUGUUGAAAAAUAUGCUUACUUUGCUCGUGAUGUCAAAAGUAAGCCAGCAAAAGAAAUGGUAAUGAAAGAAUACCUUAAAGUUGGAGAGCGAAAUAAUCCUCUUGAAAAAUAUCUCGAGGCAGUAGAAGUUUCUACAGUUGCACAUUUUCUUUCUAUGAAAUUUAAUUUGAUUGCAGAACGAAAAAAUAUUUCCAAAGUUAAUUUUCUCAAUGUGAAACUUUUACGUUGUAGUAGUAUUGACGUUCGUACUCGAUAUUAUGCUAUAGAACCAAGACUUAAUGCGGAGUAUAAACGAUUCAAUGUAAAUACUGGUGUAAUUACAAAACUUCGUGAUACUCUUGAAGCAUUUGCCCACUUCACAUAUGAAUACACUGAAGGAUAUUUAGUGGUUUGUGAUCUUCAAGGAAUUGAACUUAUUGACGAAUUCUUAUUAACUGAUCCAGCAAUACAUUGUAUCGAUCCUUUAAGAUUUGGAGGAACAAAUUUUGGUGAAAAAGGAAUUAGCGAAUUGUUCUUGGCAAAUCAUAGAUGCAAUGAUAUUUGUAAAAAAUUAAAAUUGCGUAAUGUUUAAUAAUUUAUAAUAUAUUGGAUUUAACAUCAAAAUGUGACUGUAUUAUGAAUUUACGAUUCAUGUAAUGUUGAUUUAAAUAAAUUAUCUGA